AUGGCGGCUGCCUCAGUUCACAAUGAUCUGAAGCGGAUCAACCUUACCAACAUCGCCCACGUCAAUUACAAAUACAAGGAUGUUGCCAAGGCCCGUCAAUUCAUGGAGGACUUUGGCUUCUACGAGACCAAACGUGUGGGCGAAAAGACCUACUACCGCGGCUACGGCUCCGAGCCCUUCGUCUUGUGCAUCGAUCAGGCCGACCAAGAUGAGUUUGGCGGUGCCGCCUUUGCCGUCGAGUCGGAGGAGGACCUGAUGCACGCCUCCAAGACACUUCCCAAGGAGUGCAAGGCCUCUGAAAUAUAUGACCUCACGGAUGCUCCCGGCGGUGGCAAGGCCGUGACCUUUUAUGAUCCCGUCGACGGCUUUCCGUUCCACCUGGUGUACGGCCAGGAAAAGGUGGAUGUCAGGGACCCUCAGUUCCCGGACCUCAGGGUCAACUACCCUCUCGAGAAGACGCGCCCCGUCAACACUUUCCAGCGGUUCCAAAAGAGGCCGGCACCGGUGCACAAGCUGGGUCAUUUCGGCAUGUGCGUGACCAACUUUGCCAAGUGUUAUGAGUUUUACUCGACCCGGUUCAACUUUUUCCCGAGCGAGUUGGCCUACAAUGAGAAGAACGAGGACGUUACCGUCUUCUUUCGCCUGAACAGGGGCUCUCAAAAGGUCGACCACCACUGCUUCUUCUUCUUCGAGGGACCCAAGAUGCACGUCCAUCACUCUUCUUUCGAGACGCACGACUUUGACACCCAGGUUCUGGGUCACGAUUGGCUGCGCGAGAAGGGUUACGAGAACUGCUGGGGUGUUGGUAGACACAUCAUGGGCAGCCAGAUCUUUGACUAUUGGUUCGACCCUGCUCGCUUCAUUAUGGAGCAUUAUGUGGAUGGCGAUCUGCUUGACAUGUCGGAGCCGACACAUCGCAUGGCGGCUUCUCCGGAUACUUUGUAUGUCUGGGGCCCUGAUGUCCCGGAAACUUUCCUGACUUGA